CUCCGCUGCGCUUAAGGUCCAGUAGCUUCAGAACCAUCACAUUCGCCCGUGCCAUCAUCAAUCUCAUACACCGCACCUCGUGUGUGGUGUAGAUUACAGGUACACCCUGGAUCGCAUUCAUCCUCAUCCUGGUAAUUCAUCUCUUUCCUUCUACUCCCUUCUAGUCACGGCACUUGAUCGUUUGCUUCUGCCGUCCCUCAUGCCUUAUGACACUCAACGGCGGCUGCCGUAGUGGUGGCACCCUCCCAAAGUUCGGACUGCCAGACCUAGAUUGACGAUGACACGCCUUCGGAGUAUUUUCCGGUUGACCAUCCCACAACUUUUGGGCUACUAUUCCGGCCGUCUCGUCUCUGUGGCUGCGAUAGUGGCAGUCCCACUGUCGCCUUCCAAGUCCAACAAGCCAUUAUUGUCCCCUUUCUUCGUACAGCCCUGCUGCCAUCCGCCUACUUUGCUUUCAUCUUGCACCGACUGCACCGAACCAACCUUGCCUAAGGUAGGUAUCCAGUCGACAGGACUCCGUACAGUCCCUAUGGAACCUUCGUCUCCAACCCCCAAAAUCCCCAUCACCCAUCACCCCAGUCGCUGGCUGUAUCCGUCGUACUUGCACCUCAAGGCUCAAGACUCAAUCCCACCUUACUCGAACCCACCUUGCCUACCCUGUUCAGGCGCGCCCCGAUCAAGCCCGCAUGUUCCCAGUCAUUCCCCUUCCCCAAAUCCCAACCCAGGCGUCCGUCCCUUCCAGACUCUUUUUGCUGCAGGCCUUCCCCCUUCCUGUUUAUGGCCCGGGCCCGUCAAACCCUCGCUCUGUCUCGAUCCCCAAUCCCGCCUCGCUCGUCUCCCACCUGUACCCCGGUUGCAAGCUCAGCUAGCAAAGCACACAGCGCCCGUCUGGUCUGGCAUCUCCCUGUCGGUGUUUUCUUCUUCUUCUAUUUUCCUUACCGCUAGCUCACUGCUCCCCUCCCUCUCUCCUCUGAAGUGGGAAUACCCGAAUUUCACCUACCUACGGAUACCUACCUUACCUGACUAAGGUAGCGUUGCCCGCCUAAGCCUUUCCCUUCCCGCGGCACCUGGGCUUGCGCUCGCUCACUCGUGGCCUGCAAACUGCUGCUCCCGCUUCCCCCCGUGUCAUCGUCCACUGUGUCUGUGCUUGCUGUGCGCCUCUACUUCUGCACUUGCU